AUGAAACAAAAUGAUAUUGGGCAAACACCAUCGAUCACCACUGAUGCUGUUAACGCAAAUUUCAGUUUCUCAUUGGAUGUCGAAACUACAACUACGAAAAAUUCGAAGAGUAAUAUAGAUUCGCAGUUGAAUAAUACGGAUUACAACAUAUACAAUCCGAAUAUGGAACCUUCAGCGUUUGGAUCAGAGUCUGCAAGAAUUCCAAAUGUAACAGAAACAUCUACGAAAGUAUCAGCUGAAACUUCAAAUGAAUCAAUUACAACCAGCAAAUUUGAGCUUGAAUCAGAUAAAGUGCAAGUACCAACAAGUUUAGAUACAAUGAGUAAUCAAACGACCAUAAGUAGCGAUACUGAAUCAAUCUCAAACUCUGUGACUGAGAAUUCUACAACAACAGUGCAAUCGAUUUCAAGAUCAAUAACUGAAAAAAAUACAACAAUGACUGACACUUGGCAAACAGUAGACCCAAUAACUAGUGAGGUGCCUGAAAAUACUACAACGGCACAACCAAAUUCAAUGACUGACCUAAAUGAAACAGAAUCUUAUAAUCAAACAACGGCACAACCAAUUACAAACCCUGUAACCGAACAACCUUCAACACAGUCUUACAAUGGAACCACAGUGGACCCGAUCACAAGUACGGUGACAGAAAAUAUUUCAACCCAAUCUUACACUCAAUCAACGGUAGAUCCAAUCGCAAGCACGGUGACAGAAAAUACUUCAACCCAAUCUUACAUUCAAUCAACGGUGGAUCCAAUCGCAAGCACGAUGACCGAGAAUACUUCAACACAGUCUUACAGUGGAACCACAGUGGACCCGAUCACAAGUACGGUGACAGAAAAUAUUUCAACCCAAUCUUACACUCAAUCAACGGUAGAUCCAAUCGCAAGCACGGUGACAGAAAAUACUUCAACCCAAUCUUACAUUGGAACCACAGUGGACCCGAUCGCAAGCACGAUGACCGAGAAUACUUCAACCCAAUCUUACACUCAAUCACAGUGGACCCGAUCACAAGUACGGUGA